AUGAAGUUCACACUUGUUCUUGCUGCUGCCUCCGUGGCCUCCGCCAUCCCGUUGGCGGAACCAGAGCCAUUGAUGUCUCGUCAGGCAGCGGAAAGCAUCCACGAUGCCAUGGUCGCGAAGGGCAAGAAGUACUUCGGUACUUGCACCGACCAGGGUCGACUCAAUGCCGGAUCUAACUCAGCCAUCAUCAAGGCCAACUUCGGUCAAGUGACACCGGAGAAUAGCAUGAAGUGGGACGCCACAGAAUCCUCGAAGGGAAACUUCAACUUCGGAAACUCUGAUUUCUUGGUGAAGUUCGCCACCGACAACAACAAGUUGAUUCGUGGUCACACCACUGUGUGGCAUUCACAGCUGCCCGGCUGGGUAUCCCAGAUUCGUGACAAGGCAACCCUAACCUCGGUCAUGCAAAACCACAUCAACACUCUCAUGAAGCGCUGGAAGGGACAGAUCUAUGCUUGGGAUGUCCUCAACGAGAUCUUCGAGGAGAACGGCAACUUCCGCGCCAGCGUUUUCUACAACGUUUUGGGCCAGGACUUUGUCAAGAUUGCGUUCGAGACUGCUCGUGCUGCUGACCCCGACGCAAAGCUCUACAUCAACGAUUACAAUCUUGACACAGCCAGCUAUGCUAAGACGCAGGCUAUGGUCCGCAACGUCAAGCAGUGGAUCUCGCAAGGAGUUCCCAUUGAUGGUGUCGGUUCCCAGGGUCACUUGACCUCUGGCCAGGGUGCCAAUGCUCCCGCUGCCAUGGCCGCUCUCUGCGGUGCCGCCCCCGAAUGCGCCCUCACUGAGGUCGACAUCCAGAACGCCCAGACCUCGGAUUGGCAGAACGUCGUCAAGGCUUGCAUGAACCAGGCCAACUGCGUUGGUAUCACCGUCUGGGGUGUUCGUGACAGCGAUUCCUGGAGGCCUUCUGGCAACCCCUUGCUCUUCGACUCUGGCUAUAAGGCCAAGACUGCAUACAACACUGUGUUGGCCCAGAUCAAGGCUUCUUAA